AUGGUAACCGCCUUGUUGGGCUCUUAUCCGCAGCACGACUUUUUCACGGCAACUCCAUGGGAGUCACCCAAUGGUACGACUCAUGCGGAGAUCGACCACAUUCUCAACAACCGAAGGUGGUGCUUACUGGACGUCUCAGUGGUACCAUCCUUCAGUAGUGGUUCAGAUCACCGCCUCGUUCGAGCAAAAGCAGGAUUCAGCCGAAAGCUGGAAAAGAAGAUCUACCACCGUGUUAGAGGAAGGAGAGAAGUCGUAUAUGACGGCCGAGAAGCUGGAAAAGAAGAUCUGCCACCGUGUCGGAGGAAGGAGAGAAGUCGUAUAUGA